AAAAGAAGAACGUUACCUUUUCGAUGAAUUUCCCGAAAUUAAAGUAAGCUUGUCUCCUACAUUUAUUUCACAUUUUAUACACGUCAUAUUCAACAGUUUGUUAGUUUUUCUUGGGUGUUUUUAUUGAAUUUUUUCAUGGGUAUCGAUAAAAGAAAAUCCCAAGCUGCUGCAACCGCCUAUGCCCUGCGCAAAGAGGACCGCUUCUUUGAGAUGCGACUAAACAUCAACGACGAACAGAAAGCUGACAUAAGAGAGGCGUUCCACAUCUUUGACGAUGACGGGGAUGGUGUAGUUGACAUGGAAGGCCUGAAAGUGACUUUCAGAGCGCUGGGCUUCGACGUGAAAAAGUCCGACUUGAAGAAAUGGGUCUUGGAAGUGAACCCAAAUGCCAAUUGGAAGGAUGAGAAGAUCCCUUACCAAUAUUUCAUGGAGAUAAUUGAAAGAAAAAUGUGCGAGUAUGAUUCUAGAGAAGACGAAAUAAAAAUGUUCCGUAUUCUUGACCAUCAAGACCGAGGUAAAAUCACUUUCACUGAUCUGAAGAGAGCAGUUAAUAUCUUGAACUUGGACGUGAAUGACGAAGAGAUUAUGGAGAUGCUGGAAAUGGGUAGAAGUGUUUCUGGAAAGAACGAAGUUAAUUUGGACGACUAUAUCAUUGCUAUGAGAAGAAGCCCAGUAUAAAGUAUAAAUAUAUCAUCUUUAUUUUGUAGUUUUGUAAACAUUUUUCAGUGAAUAAAGGAAAUUUCACGAAAGAAA